AUGUUGAAACUAUCGAAUUUGGGAACAAUCACAAGAGGAGUCAGAACAUUAGCCCCGACUGUGAAUCCAGCUCAACAACAACAAGUUCAAGCAGUAUUGCCUGAUAAACUGUUCAGGUACUUUAUAAUUUCCUAAAAAUUGAGUUUAAUACAAAUAAUUUACAGCAAUAUUGAGCUUGAAUAUCGAGCACAUGACAAGGAACUAUUGAAAUCAUACACAACAUUUUUGCAAUCAGUUUGCAAACAUUUGGAUAUAACUCAAGGAAAAAUCGAAGUUCUUCCAUAUAUUCGAUGGGUUCAACCAGCUCUUCGUUCGAAAUUCGUUCACAAAAAAUACAAAUUGCAUUAUGAAACACGUACACAUAUUACGAAAUUCGAAGUGAAAAAUAUGACCGGAUCAACAGCGUCAACAUUUCUCGAAUACAUUGAGCGAAAUAUUCCUGAAGGUGUUGGUAUGCGUGUUGGAUUCACAGAACUUCAACCACUGCCUUUAACUAUCUCAAAAAAGUGA